AUGAACAAGAACAAGAACACUGAUCAAACACUAAAAAAGGUAACAAAAUUGUUGUUUUCUCUGUCUCUGUUUUCCUUCCUCUUCGCUCUUCCAAUACCCACUUGGCUCCCUUUCCACCUCUUCCAUAAUUCCCCAAAUUCCCGCUUCCAUUUCCUCAACCAACCAAUCGACAAGAACUCCAUGUUCCUCCUCUGCAACGCCCUCCUCGUAUUCCUCGCAAACUACUCUGGUCUCUUCAAAUCCCUCUCCUCUUCCUCAAGGAGCUUCGACCCCUGUUCCAGACUCUACGAUUUCGGGCCUCUGUGCGAGCCAAUCACGGCGGAGCUGGUUCAGAAGCCACCGCUGAUUCCGACAGAAGCCGCCGCCGAUGAAAAGAACGAUGACCCAGAUGAAAGAAUCGUUUCAGCUCCAGAAAAUAGUGAAGAAGACGAGAGCUAUGGAUUAGCGGCGAGGUUUUUUGCGGCUGAAACAGGGGAAGUUGAGGAUACGACGGCGGCGGCGGCGGAGGAGGAGGAAGAAGGGAACGGCGGCGUGCUGAGUGAUGAAGAAUUGAAGAGAAAGUUUGAUGAAUUCAUUAAGAGAAUGAAGGAAGAAAUCGUUCUAGACGAUGCUACAAGAACUCUAGUGGUGGUUUGA